ACACGGACAAGUUAGAGCGUCGGACCCAUUCAGGAAGCGUCCCGGCUGUGACCUGCUCCUCCGUGUUAUCAUCAGUGAAAUGGACCUGUAGCUGCUGAGAGGAGUCAUGUUUACCUUAAAGGCGUUGCGGAAAAAUAAAACAGUCAAAUACGGAGUCCCCAUGCUGUUGCUCGUAGUCGGAGGUUCCUUUGGCCUGCGAGAGUUUACACAAAUUCGUUACGAUGCCCAGAAGAUCAGAAAGAAGCUGGAUCCCUCACUGGAGGCCAAAGUGAACGUCCAGAAGCAGUCAGCCAUACUGGAGGAGGAGUACGAGAAGUUGAGGGAGGUGAAUUUGGAUGAAUGGAAGAACAUCCGUGGUCCUCGCCCCUGGGAGGACUCCAAGGAGUACCAGGAGCAGCAGCGCAGCAGGCAGAAUAAAAACGUUUGAGGUCCAGGCACGCCAAGCACACACAGCAUCAGGACGGACUAGAUACGUGUGGAUUGAGUGUGCGGUGAAGUCGUCGCUCAGAGCCAAGUAUCCCAUGGGCUCGACUUGUUGGAUCUGUGUUCAGUAUCUGUAACAAG